CAAGAUGGCGGCGGCCGGGCGCGGAUGGAGGCGCUGGUGACCGUGCGGAGACUCGCCGCCGUCUGUACCAUGGGCGCCAAUGCCUCUGCUUUGGAGAAAGAGAUUGGUCCUGAGCAGUUCCCUGUGAACGAGCAUUAUUUUGGCUUGGUCAAUUUUGGCAACACCUGCUACUGCAACUCCGUCCUGCAGGCGCUUUAUUUCUGCCGCCCCUUUCGGGAGAAGGUGUUGGCCUACAAGGUGCAGCCUCGGAAGAAGGAGAGCCUGCUGACCUGCCUCUCUGACCUCUUCAACAGCAUUGCCACCCAAAAGAAGAAGGUGGGGGUCAUCCCACCCAAGAAAUUCAUUUCCCGGCUGAGGAAAGAAAAUGAAUUAUUUGACAACUACAUGCAGCAGGAUGCACAUGAAUUCCUGAACUACCUACUCAACACUAUUGCUGACUUGCUCCAAGAGGAGAAGAAGCAGGAGAAGCAGAAUGGGAAGCUGCAGAAUGGCAGCAUUGAGAGUGAGGAAGGAGACAAGGCUGACCUGACGUGGGUCCAUGAAAUCUUCCAAGGAACACUAACCAAUGAAACCAGAUGUCUUAACUGUGAGGCUGUUAGUAGCAAAGACGAGGACUUUCUGGAUCUCUCGGUUGAUGUGGAACAAAAUACAUCCAUUACACACUGCCUGAGGGGGUUUAGUAACACUGAGACUCUCUGCAGUGAGUACAAGUACUACUGUGAGCAGUGCCGCAGCAAGCAGGAGGCUCAGAAGAGGAUGAGGGUGAAGAAGCUGCCCAUGAUCCUGGCCCUGCACCUGAAGAGGUUCAAGUACAUGGACCAGCUGCACCGCUACACCAAGCUGUCCUACCGCGUGGUGUUCCCGCUCGAGCUGCGCCUCUUCAACACCUCGGGCGACGCCACCAACCCCGACAGGAUGUACGACCUGGUGGCCGUGGUGGUGCACUGUGGCAGUGGCCCAAACCGUGGACAUUACAUCACCAUUGUGAAGAGCCAUGGCUUCUGGCUGCUCUUUGAUGAUGACAUUGUGGAGAAAAUUGAUGCCCAGGCCAUUGAAGAAUUCUAUGGGUUGACAUCAGACAUUUCCAAGAACUCCGAGUCUGGAUACAUCCUCUUCUACCAGUCCCGGGACUGAGGGAAGGACCCCCUGCCCGAGAAACAAAGGGAUCAAGAUAUGUCCAGAUGGAACAUAUUUGUGAGGGCAGGAGCAGUUCCUCGGUGUUGCUGUAGGACCAGGACAGAGCCAGCAGGAGGAGGGGGGUCUCUCCCUGCCCUUUUUGGAGGAUUAGUGCUGACUGCCAUCACCAGAAGAGCUUUGUUCCAGUUUCCUUCCUGGGCUUCUUUCACGUGCUAUCUUCCAAAAUCCGCCUUACCUCUACUUGAAACCCGGCUGCUUUGUUUGUCCAGGGAUGGAAGAAGAGAUUCAAAAGUAGCAUUGUAGAAUGGUCACAAUUCAAUGUUGGCCUGAGGCUGUACCUUGGUUUCUGCCAUCGUGGGUUUUCUGUAUUUUAGCAGAACGAUUUCCAUAUUCAGUGUCAGCUGAAGGCAUAUUUUAGGAGCUGAGCAGCAGCUGGUUGCUGGAUAUUUUUGGUGACUCAGACUUGAGAAGCAGCACAAAGCUAAGACAUACUGGAAAUGUCAAGUCUGUCAUUUUUCUAAAGAAAAGCAGACAAAGCCCUCUCUCUGCAGCAUUGUCAGCCUCCCCAGCCUGCAUUGUUGGGUUUGGAGAACACUAAAGCAGCACUGCUGCCUUUUGGAGUGAUUUCCACUCCUCUGUGUGCCCUGCAGAAGGGGGAGAGCUGGGGGCACAUCAGCAGUUGUGCCUCAGCCCCAGCUCCCGGGGCAGCAGAGCAGGCCCUGUCAAGGAGCGUCUCUUGCUGUAGGAAGGGGAAGCUCCAGCGUUUCUUGGAGCUGUUGCAUAAACCAAAAGUGCCCUCAUUCUGAACCAGGAGCUGUUCCACAUUUCAGUCAAUUCCAAGCCAACUGGUGCAUUUUGAAUCUGUGCUGAUCCACAGGAACAGCACUAAUUGGGAAGGGUUAACCAAGGGAAGCAGCACUUAUGGAACCAAUCCAGGUGUUCUGAGGCCUCAAGGGGAUGAACAGGUGAGAAGGAAAACCAUCCCACCAACCCAGACAUUGCCUUGUAAGUGUUCCUUGUCCUUUGUUGGUAAUCUGGGAAUCAGAACAACCCCUAAAAAUGCUUCUGGUUGUUUUACCUCUCUAGGCCUUGCUUGACAGGGGGAAUUGCUGGUCUUUCCAAGAAACAAGCAGUUCCCCAUCACAUGUGUGUAUAGAUUAUAAUCUCAAGGAUAACUAGAAAGAAAAGACUGAGGAAGUUUGAAAGAACUGUCAGAAAAUCUGGUGCAGGUUUCCUGUUGGGAAGCCCUGUUGCAGUGCCAAAGCUUGUCACAGCUGGCUCUAAAUCCCAGUGGGAAUGAGUGUGUUCCUGUCUCCACCUUGCUGGGUGACCCUGGUUCCAGCACAGCCCCUCCCCUGCCCUCCAGUGCUUGUUGUUCUUGAGGAUGUUUAACUUAUGCAAUUCUGUGGCUUGUACAGGCUGUUCAAUCCUCUCCCAAACCCCUGUCCUCAGGAAAGCAGCAUUUCCCAUUUCUCCUGGUGGCUUCACGUUCCUUCCUCCCAUGACCACAAAUGUUUAGCAAUUAACAAUUAACUCCUGCCUUCAAACUGCAAAUGGCCCAUCCCCGGGGUAUUCCAGCUGGCUGCAGCUCUCCUUCUCCUCUUCCAGAACAGAAAAUAUGCACGUUGGGGUUUUUUUUUAAGCAUUUUUUAUUAUCCAGAGUACUGUCAUUUGGAGAGACACGUUCAACAGCAGCAGAUGUCCCUGUCAUCCUGUUCCUACUGUGUGCCCAUUGUUCCUGGCUGAGAGUCUCCCCUUCUCCACACACAAGCUGUGAGUCCUCUCCUGCUGGUGCCACCACACACUGGCAUCACCAAGCCUUGCAAAAAAAUUAAAAUAAAAAUAAAAAUUAAAAUUAAAAAAAAAAAGAAGAGAGCACUGAGUCAAAAAAUAAUGAAACAAUAAAUACAAAAAUUAAUGUAGGACACUAGACAUGUAUUUUGUAUAUCUGGUGAUACGUUUUUACAGAUGAAAUACCUGACUGAGAGAUAAUAUUGAAAGAUAUAUACUAUAGAUUAAAAAAACUGUUCAAAGUGCACUUUUGCUACAGAUUUCUAAGGAGACUAAAAGGAGUUAAAGGGGAAGAGAAUGGUGUGAUGUUGCUUCUGUAGAAUAAAUGACCCGGCUGUCUCCAAUAAAGGUCAUGGAUGAUCAAA